AUGCUCCCUCGGUUUGGUGAGAAUGCCCAUGGAGUUGCGAUUCCCGAGGAUAGGAUUGCCCUGGUCAUCGUGAAUCCCGAGACCCCCGCCGAUCAACGGGACACCAUCGCCCGGGAGCUGGUCAGCGCGAUCUGGCAGCAGAUGCGUCAAAGGCAUCUGGGUCAUGCACCGCAGGCCCCCUGCUGGGAAACGGGAUGCUACACGGGGCCGUUUGGCGCCAGAGCCGUCUGGGGGGAGGAGCAGGCGUUCUUUUUUGAGGCGCGGGUGGACUCGGACGGCAGCCAGCAGCCGCUCUAUGAGCUCCAACCCUAUCUCCCCAAGGUCAAUGAUGGUCGGGUUUGGGUGGCUACCAAGGGGGAGGAGGGAUCGCGAUACGAGACCUUAUUUCUGCAAAAGUGGUUGAACCCGGUCUCCGAUCCGAUGAAUGACCUCUAUUUCCACCACUACUGGCACUGGAUCGACGGCCAUUUCAAGCCGCCGCGCAAAUGGUCCCGUAACUGGAUUGUAUACGACAAGAAGGAAGGGCUCAAACCGCAUAAGGCCUAA